AUGGAGUUCCUCGCAAAUGCAUUCUUCUGCGCUGGCUUGACGCCGAAAACGACGGAUCCAAUGCGACUUUCGCUCUUCUUCUUUCUUCCGAUGGCUACUAGAAAUCUUCAAAGUGGUGAAGUUUGGUGCGGAUUUAGGCUGUAUAACCCCUUACUUUCUUCCGAUGGCACUAGAAAAUCUUCAGGCAAUAGCAAGAAGAAAGUCAACGACUCUGACAACAAGUUGCUGGUAAAUGAGAAGCAGAGUAAGAAAAAUACAGAGGUACCUCCAGAAGAGUGCAAAAUGCCACUGGUAUGGAUUGACUUGGAAAUGACUGGUUUAAAUGUUGAAGUUGAUCGAAUACUGGAGAUUGCUUGUAUAGUUACUGAUGGAAGAUUAACCAAAAUCGGUGGAGGUAUUUUCAGCAUUGUGCAUUAA